CAUACAUGAUCAGCUUAGCCUAGAAGUUGUUGUUUACACUUUAUUCACCUGCUCAUACAUCUGCUGUUAAUAGUGUAUGUUUAAAUAACUAUCGGUCUCUUAAAGUUAAACGAGUGUCAGUUCGACUGUGUGCCUGCAUACAAAAUAGUCAUUCAGAUACCUGUUUCCACGGGUUUUUCUUUUGUAAUAGUUUUAACAGCACUUUCAUCUGUUUGUUUCCCUUACGAUUGCAACGCUUUGGACUUAUUAAGCAGACGUUAACGUAGUAACCAUGCCGGGCGUUUCUUCAGCUGCCUUUAAAAAGUUAGGCUCAGCAGUUCAAAAUCAUCAGUCGUCCUGCAUUAACGGUGUCGUAAUUGUGGUAACUUUGAGCAGUGAAGAAAUAUUUAAGAAAGUGGCCUUUCAGUGUCCGUGCUCACGACCUGAGAGCCAUCUGUACGGAGGAUGUUUUCUGUGGGCGCCGGCUUUUGUACUCUUCGUACUCGGCAUUUUGAUAAAUACUGUCACUUGGCGGUUGUUUCAUGGGUGCAUAAACCGAGCACGAGAAACAAGCCAUGGUUUCAAACGAGGGAGCUACUACUGCAUUCGCAUCGUAACUCAAGCGGUUGUGGCGCCAUCUGCCUGGCUGUUUGUUUCACUUCUGGAUGGCGAGUAUGUUUUCCGUCUUUUAAUUA